AUGGGCUCAUCCUCGGAAUUCGACCAGGAGAACAGUGCAGCGUUCCCACUGGAGGCUCAAGAUGACACUAGUGAAGCGUCUACGGAUGAAGGCUACGCCGACUCGGACGCAUCCUCAUUUCUCUCAUCCAUCCUCUCUGAAGUACGGCGCGGGGUAGAAAUAGAAGGCCGUCUCUAUCCCUCAUACGGCAAGCACGCCUAUGGCAUGCCUAUUGACGAAAAAGAACUCGACCGCAUUGACCUCCAACACCACAAAUAUACGCUCCUCCUGCGCGACCGCCUCUUCAUCGCCCCAAUCCCCGACACCACCUUAAACUCUGCAAAUGCCCGCGUCCUCGACCUAGGCACCGGAACCGGCAUCUGGGCUAUGGACAUGGCGGACAAGUACCCCCUGGCCAAUAUCAUAGGCGUCGACAUUGCCGCCACACAACCCGCCUUCGUGCCCCCCAACUGCACGUUUGAAAUCGAUGACGUCGAAGAAGAUUGGCCCUACCGCCCCGACCACUUUGACUUCAUCCACGGCCGCGACCUCAUGACCGCCGUGCGCGACUGGCCCCGCCUCAUCCAACAAGCCUACACACACCUCAAACCAGGCGGCUGGAUCCAGCUCGCAAGCACCAUCCCCGGUGCCCUCUCUGACGACGACACAAUCCCGCCCAACAGCGGCUACGUCGAAUCCGGCCGUCUCUACUUUGAAAUCGCAGAGAAAAUGGGGGCGCCCCUCGACGCACCCCGCGCUUGGAACGCGCAGAUGAAAGAUGCGGGCUUCAUUAACGUUACAGAUGAAGUGUUCAAGUUACCCAUGGGCACGUGGCCGCGGUCGAAGCGGCUGCGUACGAUUGGGAGGCUCGAACAGAUUAUGAUCCUAGAAGGCGGGUUUGAGGCGUAUAUGCUGAGAGGGUAUACGCAGAUGCUGGGUGGGAGGCCGGAGGAUUUACAGAUUAUACUUGCGUUGGCGAAGAGGGAAGUUAGGGAUCCGGCGGUGCACACAUAUGUCCAGUUUCACAUUACGUAUGCGCAGAAGCCGGGGGCUUGAUCGAGUGCAUGUGUAUGUUUUUAUGAUUAGUAUGGAAAGUGGAGACUGUGAUGUGUUGAUAGAAUGUGAGCGAUGGGCGCAAACUGUCUUUAUGAAAAUUAAGACGCGAGUGUAUAUGUAGGAAGAAAAGCCGACGGAGGGAUGAGAACUACAGGUAAAUUUGCGGACACGCAUGGCAUGCGCUACAUAUCCUGCUGUCGCAUCAACCUUGCGCAGGUCCGCGGCAUCAGCUCAGAUGUGAAUGGGAGGGAAUUUGAAAUGACUGCGAGUUUGUAAUGGCUGCAAUACAUAUCUGAUUAAAU